AUGAAAAAAUUAAUAGUUCGAGUGUUUCACAAGAAACAAGAUGAAAAGAUAGUAAGGAAGAUAGAAGAGAAAGGGAGUAAAGGAGUGUUUGUAAGAGAAAAGCCAGUUUUUUGUGUGCCAAGUAAUGGGAAUCGAGUUAAAGGACUUAUAGAUGGAGAAGAAGCGAUGAAAGCGAUAGGGGAGAGUAUAGAUGAAGCGAAAGAGAGUAUCUAUAUAACUGAUUGGAGAAUAGACCCCGAGAUAAUUUUAAUAAGAAGAGGAGUACAUUGGCUAAAAGGAAAGACAUUAAAAGAAAUACUUGAGAAGAAAGGAGAAGAAGGAGUAAGUAUUAAAAUAAUAAUAUAUGAGUCACCAUUUUUUAUGGAUGUUGUCAAAGGAGAAAAAAAGAGAAAUAUCUUAGAAGAAAAAGAGAAGAUAGAGUGUUAUUGUCAUAAAUGGAUGAUGGGAUAUAGUCAACAUGAGAAAACUGUAGUUGUUGAUCAUAAAAUUGGAUUUUUAGGAGGGAUUGAUUUAGCACAAGGGAGGUGGGAUACAAGAAGACAUUUUAUAGAAGUCUGA